UAACGUUCGAAAUCGUCGACGUCACGUUUGGCGGGUGGUUCAGUCUCGAUUCUACAGCCAUGCGGUUUGCCUCGUGUUGACGCCGGUCUAGCCCGCUAGGUCAUCAUCAUCAUCAUCACCGUCAUCCUUCACCUUCAUUGUUAUCAUCCGUGCCCUGCUCGUACUCGUCUUGCUCAAUUUCUUGUCCCCUUCGUAUCGCUCACCAUUCGAUAUUAUCACAGUGCGCAGUGUCGCUUAACAUGUUAUACACAUCGUUACAAUAGUUCUCGUCCGCUGGAUCUUUCGACCUCUCGCUAAACGACGUCUAAGUUCGUAACUCUAUCAUAGCCGUACUAACGAAGCUGCGAAAAGGACCAGCGAUUUUUCAUUAAACGUAGUUACAUUACAUUCGACGAGUUUUAACAAUUUAACGAACGACGAAGGAUAUGAUAACAUACUCCUGAAUAUUCUACACUAACCUUACCGCGAACUGUCGACUAACUUCGCGCCGUAUAAAAUAAAAAUAAUAUACACAUCAAAGGGAAAAAAAACGAACGAACGAAUCAAGUCAUGUCGCGACGGAGAUACGGUGUCGUUUUAUCGCCGUUAAACGACAGUGAAAACCCUAAACCAGAGGUUAAAUCAACGGCUCCAGACGACGUCGACGCUUCACCUAUGACCAGGAUCGUCAACGCUCUUGACAAGUCGACUAUAUCGAGUGGAGACACGCCGAAACGCUAUCGUAGUGAUACAAAACUCGCCAUCGAUGUCAUCGACGAAAUUUCGCAGACGCUGGAUUUUUCCAAGUCACCAUCGGUUGUAGGGACUGCCAAUCGCCGGACAAACCAAAAACUCUUCAAAAAUGCCUUCAAACUCACUACAACACCUGAAACAGCGGUGAAACAACGACCGCUGUCCCGUCGUCUCGUUGGCAUGACGUCGCGAGGUCACACCAGCUCGGAAAUAGUGCUGCCAUCUACCUCCGGCAAGGAGAACGGAUUCGCACUCCGUAGUCCUCAUGCCUUCAACACGAGUCCCCAGAAGUUCUCCCUAUCGAGGCCGGUAAAAUCUCGUGCGCCUCUGGAGGAUUGCGAUCCGAACAGCCAGGACAGUGGAUAUGGGGCGAAUUUCCCGGACAAGGAUGACGUCAAAUGUCAGGAUCAGUUCAGGUUCGCGGAACCAUUGGGUGUCGCACCAAGACGUUCUUCCGCCGAAUCCCGGAGUCCGUUGCGAUCCCCGCAUAGAUCACCGAUCAGAAACGUCAGACCUCCGCUCUUUAGGAGCCUUUCAUCCGGCUCGGAAAACAUGGACGACGGUUUCACCGAGCUCAUCGACAUGGACACCUUGGACGAGAACACGCAGUUACCCUGCGGAUUGUCCUCUCUUCUCUCCGGUCAGAUCAUGUCCGAGAAGCCGAUGGAAUGCGAGCCCACGACGCCGGAAAGCCGGCCGAAGCCUUCCUUCCGGCGUUCCCUCUCUCUACAGAACGAAAAUAUCACCCCACAGAGCUCGAGGGUCAGAUCCUGCCUGUUCAGAUCUCCGAGCGCGAUAUCCUCGGUGUCAAGAUUAUCCUUCAACGACAGUCCUCGGUUGGUUUCGACGCCCGUGUCACCUCCACCAAAAUCGUUCAAGAGACCGGAACCACCGACCGACGCCAGUCCAGCAUUCGUCAAGAGAUCUAGAAAAUCUAAUAGUCUGCAGGAUAUAUCCGAGCAAACUACCAGCCCGAAGAAACCGUCACUUCAGAGAUGUUUCUCGGAGACCGAGGCCCACGCGCACAUCAAGUCUGCGAUUCACAGAAGUACAACCGACGCUGAUCUCACUGGAGAUUUUAGCAAACAGUGCAUACUGCCAUUGGCCGAAGGACAGCACGAAGAUCUUAAAUCGAUAUCCUCGAAGACUUUGGCGUCGCUGAUUCGCGGAGAGUUCAAUGAUCGUGUGAGGUCUUUUAAGAUUGUAGAUUGCAGAUAUCCGUAUGAAUUUGAAGGAGGCCAUGUAGAAGGCGCCUUGAACCUCUUCAGCAAAGAUAUGAUCGAACAGCAUCUACUCGAACCGUUGAAGAAUGUUCCGGAAAUUCAAUCGGACGCAGAAAAGCGGGAUAUCAUUGUUUUUCACUGUGAAUUCUCCUGGGAAAGAGGACCGAAUCUUUCUCGGUUCCUUCGCAACAUAGACAGACAACGUAACAAGGAACACUAUCCUGCGCUCCAUUAUCCAGAAGUUUAUCUCCUUCACGGUGGAUAUCAACAAUUUUACCAUCAGCAAAAGGAACUCUGCUCGCCUCAAGGAUACAGACCUAUGCGGCAUCCUGAUCACGAAGCAGAUUUGCGCCAGUUUCGCAGCAAGAGCAAGAGUUGGCAAGGGGAAAAAUCGCGAUUGAACGGUUUCACUGCCCGUGCUAAUCUUAAGCGACUCGGUUUAUAGAGUUCUGUGACGUUAUAGCUUAAUUCAUAAAAUAGAUACUAUAUGUGAUCUCGCGAGUGUGAAUGUGUAAAAAGAAACUAGCUGAGAAUUAAAA